AUGUCGCGCACUGAAGUAUUAAUUCUAGUUCGGACCACAGGUUUGAAAGACUCAUUCAAGCAAGAGCCAGAGUUUACAAUCUCCGACCUCCUGGCACAGGGGGAGGAAUAUCGACUGUACCAACUGACAAAGUUCUACAGGGACAGACUCAUACAAGCAAUUGAAGAAAAGGUUGAGAGACUGGGUUGGAUGUUGACAAAGGAGGGACAUUUCAGUAGAGACGAAAAUGAGAAAGUCACUGAGCUGACAGAGAAGGGAAACCGGGCAGAGAGUUCCAGACUCUUCCUCAGUCUGGUGAAUGGCAAAGGCUCCCGGGCCCGGAGGGCGAUGUGGGAAUCCUUUCUGAUGUGGAGGACAGAGUUACCGAAGUUGGACAGAAUACUGAGGGAAAUACAGGAACUCGGUCCUGAUCCACAGGAAUACAUGAACAUCGGCCAAGGUUUAUCUGAAUUACCCACUCAGCUGAUAGAUGUUCAACAGAAACACAAGGAGACUCUGCGGGCACAAACUGAAACACUGGGAGUGAACACGAUCCUGAUGACGGAGAAGGUGAAGGUUUUCCAGCUGGCUGAUCGAUACGCUGAGCUCACGGUCAUUUCUACUGUUCGAGAUCGGACACUGGUGGAACAUGAGCUGCUGGCAAGAGGCAGAGACCAUGAGGAAUACAGAGAGAAACAACUCCGCAGACAGCUGGAAAAAAUCCGUACCGAUCAGUUAUUCCAAAGCAGCUUUUCCCGGAGUAAAUCCAAAUCUGGGAGUUCAGCAGCAGUGGCCGGAGUCCCGGGGAUCGGGAAAACAACGAUGGUACAAAAGAUUGUUUAUGACUGGGCCAUGGGGAAAAUAUACCAACAGUUCCAGUUUGUCUUCAGUUUCAAAUUCCGAGAUUUAAACAGUAUUGACUGUCGAAUAAAGCUGAAGGAACUGAUUCUGAUUCACUUGAAGAGGAGAUGGGAUUGUUCCCCCAAGAGGGCAGAGAAUGCAGAUGAGGGGGAGUCCCAGAAAUGGGUGGGGAUCCGGGUGGGAGUUGUGUCUAACCCUGAAUCCCCAGAUGUGGCCACCUGUCCUGUGGUGGCUGGUGUGGUUGUGCAUGAAGCUAGUGCUGGGCCUGUUUGCACACCUGAAACAGACCUGGAGCCCUCCACCCAGGACUUAGCAGAAAGCGCCUCCCUGGAGGCAAAUGGAUUGUGUCAGUCUCCCAGCCUCCCGACCGGCCAUAACUGCACAUGCUGUGUGGAGCUGCAGCUCCCAGUGGACCGCAUUAGGGAUCUGCGGUUGCUGCUCGAUGACCUUGGUCUGGUCAGGGAGAGCGAGGAGGUGACUCCCGAACGGCCAUAA